UUAUAGAAACAAUAGCGCGUUCAACAAUGAUUAACGCCAUUUUUUUAUCAAUUGUGUGUUACUGUUAAAUGUUGCUCGACACGAACGUAAAUAAGAACAUUGAGUUAUUUCCUUUUCCUUAAUUUAAUCAGCUGAUCCUAAACUGUACAACGGCUGGAUUCAUAACAGCGCAGCCAAUCCGACCGACGGUUUACCCAAAACCUGCACGAUUACACAAUCUGCACCAGCAGCCAAUCAACAAUCGUUUGACAAUACAUUCUACCGGAUGUCUCAAUCGUUAAAUCAAAUGAUACCUGUGGAAGUAGUGUACCCUACGCCGCUACCAGAUGAAGAAUGUUCAAGCGAUACACCCUUCAUGACUUCUUCAAAAAUGAAAAGUCUUUCAAUGGGCAACGUUCUGACGGAUGAUGUCUUUUCACAGGAACAAUUUUUGAAGUUUAAAAACAUUGUCAUCAAGGGUUGCGAAUCCGCAGAAAAUUUGGCUUAUUUCCACCGAAAUCGUCCAUGCUUCAAAAAAAUAAAUUGUCUGUGUGCCCGACUCAAGCAGGAUGUCGACCGUGCCGAUUCGGUUCUCGCCAAUAUCAAUUCGCAAGGUGUUCCAUGGGCCGUCAAAGAUUUUAUUUUUGUAUUUACGCGCAUCGUCAGUGCCUGGAACAUAAUCAAAGAUUACGUGUAUAACAAUUCGGAUGGAAUGCGUACCGUCAAAUCGGCGAUUUCCGACCGAUUGGUCGUCAGUUUCUUAAAAUGGCAGGAAGUUACAUCGGAUUUCGUUGAAGAUUUAACCAAAUCAUUUGAUGGACUUCAGGAGCUGACGUUAUCGCAGACCAGGAACACCGAGAGUAACCAGAAGAACUCUGACUCAAAUCCCAGUUCCAACGAACGAAAAACUUUUUUCAGCGAUACUGAGUCCUUUGAGUCAUUCAAGGUUUCACCGAAUAAAGAUGGCGCAAACGAAGGUCCGGCCAGCGAUCAAUCAUCCGACAGCAGUUCCAGUUGCAAGAAUUUGAAUGUUAAACAACUGUCGAUAGGAUCCGAUCGCAAAUACGAUUAUAUCAAGACUGGCGUUUACAAAUGUACGGUCGCAAGGAAUGCUGCCAACGGCAACAAUACACAUCAAACUGGUGUGAGACGCAUCGCACCGAUGGAAAAGGAUCAACUAAAGUGCCACAAUGUUCAUCCAGAUGAAGCCAAAAAAUGCUUCUUCACCAACAUUUUAUCGGGAAUUCCGAAUCCUGUUCGAAAGAUAACGACACCGGAGAGAUGUCAUCCAUUGCAAAGCAAUUUUGUGAAGAAUCCGACAGACGUACAGCAAGAAGCGGCGGCAAUGAAUUUAAGAAAGAACCCAAAAAGUGAAUUACUACAAAAAGUGUGCUUCAUUGAGGAGUCGAAAUUCUUUUUCUCCUCUCAAUUUACCAAAAAUUAUUUUCCUGACUUCCUGAAAAUCGUCCCUAACUUCAUUGAUUUACGUUCAAUCAUUAUGAAAUCGGAAAUGGAAGUCUUGGCCAAUGUCUACGAAGUGGUCCAUCAAAUUCGUCAAAUAUUUUACAGCGCAAAGCUGUACCUUCUGGAACGGCCUCAUGAACUCUUGGACAAAUGCGUUGCGAUAUUUGAACGAGAAUUUGAAAAUUUAUUGCUAAGAGAAUUUGCUGAAUACGAUUUCAAACGUAUGACUGGAUACGACUUUUAGUUACUCCAAAGUUUAUGACUUCAGAAAAUUAUGCAAAAGAAAAUUUCGAGCUUUCUCCGGAAGAAAAAAAUUCUAAUUUUUAGAUUGUAAGACCAAUUCAUCUUGUCCCGGAUAUUCUUUUUUUUCAUUAUGUUGUUAUUGUUCUUGGUUCCAUGUUAUAAUCUUACAAUGUGGUUAUACAAAGUAUUCGUUUAGAAAAAUUCGUUCAAUUUUCAGAGAAAUAUG